CACGCAGACGCAGACUGACUCCCCCUCUCCCACCUCUGACGCUGCCGCCGCUUGGCUGCCUGCGCUGCGCUGCGUCCGCUCCGGUUUUGACGUGGGCGCGCCACCGCGGUGCCGGUGCGGCUAAUCUGGCAGGCGCAGGCCGGGCGCGGGUCAAACACCCCGCGCCCGCAAGCGUUUACACGCCAAGGCGGUGUACAGCAGCAUCCUAGUAGUCAGUCAGAGACCAGACGUGGUCUCGGGAAGGCGGUGCGUGGUGAGGCCGUCACGCGGGACAGGUGGGAGGACGGCAGCAGGCGGCUGCCCGGCCAACGUCAGGCGCGGGUGUGCCGCUCAAAGGUGUCGUGCGCGCUGGGCUGUCUCCUUAACCUACCACACGGGCGGGUCCACGGCGCUGCCGGUUGCUGGGCCUCGUCGUUCGUUCCUCCUCCCUUCGUGAAGCCCAUCAGGUUCCGUACGGCCCAGAAAGACCGGCCGCAUACUGAGCGUAAAAGAUUCAGAAAAAAAUAUAUUUACUACUCCUACUUCGGUUCGGAAUAUUAGUGCAUUUGUUCAAAUGAGGCAUUAAAAAAAAUCGAAAACCACAUGCAUCACACUGUGAAACUCCCCGUAGUUAAAGCUAAAACUAACUGGGGAAAAAAUAACGGAGUAACGCUGAAUCGCGAUUGACAUGCGGUUUCUUCAAGGUUUCGUUCGAUUAAUAAAUGCCCGGUAGCAAACGCUAAGAUACAGUCUUAUCCAUAAAUACCAAGGGGGGGAAUGCGGCGAUUGACAAUAAACCAGUCUGGAGAACAAGGAAAGAAGAAGAAGAAGAGAAGAAAAUGGCAACGAUUACCCUUCCUCGAGUUGUCCCUUCCCCCGCCGAAGACGCCGCGGCUCUCCUCAAGGCUUUCCAAGGAUGGGGCACCGACGAGCAGGCGGUGAUCUCCAUCUUGGCCCACCGCGACGCCACUCAGAGGAAGCAGAUCGCGCUGGAGUACGAGCACGAGUACAGCGAGAGCCUAAUCCAGCGCCUGCAGUCGGAGCUCACCGGCGACCUCGAGAGAGCGGUGUACCACUGGAUGCUCGGCCCCGCCGAGAGGCAGGCUGCGAUGGCGCACGCCGCGACGGAGUGCGUCCAGGAGCGGUACGCGGUGGUCGUGGAGAUCGCGUGCGCCACCAACUCGUCCGCGGAGCUCGUGUCCGUCAAGCAAGCCUACCACGUCCUGUACCGCCGCUCCCUGGAGGAAGACGUCGCCGCUCGUGCCACGGGCAACCUUCGCAGCGUACGACGGCGACGACAACGUGGACGCGGAGCUAGCGCGGUCGGAGGCGAAGAUCGUGCACGAGGCCGUGAGGAACAGCGCGGGCGCGGCGGGGGGCCGCCACGACCACGAGGAGCUCAUCAGGGUCCUGGGCACCCGGAGCAAGGCCCAGCUCAGGGCCACGUUCAGCUGCUUCAAGGACCAGGACGAGCACCGCCGCAGCGUCACCAAGGCGCUGCCGCGCGGGGCCGACGAUCCCACGGGCUACCUCCGCGCGCUGCGGGCGGCGGUGAGGUGCGUCGCGGAUCCGACCAAGUACUUCGCCAAGGUGCUGAGGAACGCGACGCGCGAGGCAGCAGGGACCGACGAGGAUAGCCUGACCCGGGUGGUGGUGCUGCACGCGGAGAAGGAUGACAUGGGGGCCAUCUGCGGUGCGUUCCAGAAGAGGGCUUCGUGUACCUUGCAGCAGGCUAUCGCCAAGGAAACCUCGGGUGACUACAGCAGCUUCCUGCUGGCUCUCCUUGGAAGCUAAACAAACAAUACAAUAUAAUCCCUUCGAGUUUGAUUAAGCAGCGUACGUACGAGUGGUUGUAAUAAGCUUAGUAACUAUGCACUUUGGUGCUAGCUAUCGAAGUUAUAAAUAAAAGUGAGGUGUUUGGUAA